AUGUAUGGCCACAUUCUCCAAAUGCCAAUGGAUGGUCAGAGACAGUCGGUAUUUGCAGCCGGUGAUGCUGAAUUGGCCCCGACAGGUCUAUUACUGCCGCCUCUGGAGACUGAACCGGCAAGCAGCAGCCUCAACCCAUCGGUCCGCAAGAUGCCAGCAAUGACAACUCAGUCCACGGGACGCGAGAGUGGUCUGGGCAGUCAGAUUAGCAAAUCUGAAAGGGUGUUGGAGGAACAGUCCGAAAGGAGUACCUUCAGGGCCUGGGCCUUUGAUACAAAAGAACAGAACACUGAGAGCUUUGUCCGCGAGCUCAGACGCUGGCGAGAUGCCGACACAUGGCAGCUGGUACGUGAAAGUGUAUAA